AUGGGUAUUAAAACAGUAGCAAUCUAUUCAGAUGCGGAUGCUCGAAGUUUGCAUGUGGAAAUGGCAGAUGAAGCGGGACCUCCACCAACAAAUCAAAGUUAUCUCAAUAUCCCCAAUAUUCUCCAAGCGAUCAAAUCGACUGGAGCACAAGCUGUACAUCCAGGACCGGGAGAAUCAGCAAUGGCAGAUUUAGGUGAUAAGAUUCGAAGCAAAAUUAUAGCUAAACAAUCUGGCGUUAAUACUAUCCCUGGUUUUGAUGGCGUCAUAAGGGAUAGUGAUCAUGCUUUAGAAAUCG